AUGAUUCAGCCGUCUCUGGAGAUUAACAGGGCGUUGAUGCCGUUCGGCAACUGCACUCAGAACGGAACGUGGCAGUCGCGAGAUGGAACAACAGAAUGUCUCCGUGAGUCUCAGCUUCACGAUGAUCCUCAAGUGACCGACUUUUCCGACAGCCGAACUGGGGCCAUAUGGAGUUUCCAACCUCGUCGACUGGAGACAACAGCUCGGUUCGACCAAUAUGCGAAAAGCCCACAGCCUGAUCAGACCCAGUACGCAAAGCCCACAACCCGGUCCCGACCCAAUAUGCAAAAAGCCAACAAUAUGGGGUCUGACCAAUACAAGAUCCAACAGCCUGGUUUCCCGGCUCGUCAGCCGCCGCGUGGAUGUCUUGGCAGGGUCGAGAACACCAUCUUUUUUCACAACUGCCGUUGCGCCUCGGCGUGA